CGAUUGGAGUCAUACGUAACGUCGGGGAGAUCGUGUCAAAUGCAUUCGAGUUCAAGUCAUCUGGUGAAACCAUGGAGGAAAUAACAGAGAAGAUUGAAGCUGUCAAUGUCAUGAUGGUCAAAACAGAGAGCUUCAUGUCCGCCGUGCCGCCCCUCCCGCCCGCGGACGGGGACCAGCUGGCCUGGCUCAUGACCUUCAACGACAGCGAGACGCUGUACGCGAUCGCAAGGCAAGCCGGGGUCACUGCCGACCAGUGGGAGUCGGCAGGAGUUUACUCCAUCAAGUGUCUCGCUGAUGAGGACUUUUCCGACAAGGUGGACGGCGUGAAGAACCUCAAGAUGAAGCUGAACGAACUGCGCGUGUGGAGCCAGGCCCUAGCGGAGCAGGUCCAGGCGUUCUGCGAGUACGUGGCGUCCGUGCUGGAGGAGGUGACCAACCUGGCCGAGGACGCCGAGGCGGUCGAGGAGGGCAGCGCGGCCCUCGACAGCGUCAACGGCAUGCUGGUCGACCAGGCGGUCACGGAGGAGAACUACAAGGAGCACAUCGUGGAGCAGAACCUUGCAGUCCUGGACGUCAUGAUGAAGCUGUUCCUCAAAUCCCGCUCUGACAUUCUGGCCAUCAACGUCAUCCUGCACGAGUACUGCAGCGCUUACUUCUACGCCUUCUUCAAGGACUGCGACCCUACCAACAGCCCCUCCCUCUGGGACAACUACGACACCGUCCUCUACAAACUGAACAAAAUCCAGUUUGAGUCCCUGAACUCCAUCGCCUCCCUGAGCCCCCCUCCGCAGCCCUUCCAGAAGACCAUCCGCGUGCUGGACUCGGCCUCGGGCUGCGAGGGCGGCGCCGCCACCUCCGAGGGCGCCGCGUGCCCCGUGUCCGCCCUCGCCUUCAGCGGCUCCAGCUCCUUCAACCUGGCGGAGCACUGGGGCGCCGGCCUCUCCUUCGGCGCCAGGAUCAGGAUGGACCGACUCAGGAUCUACCUCGAGGGCUCCACGAACACACCGUGACAAUCGACGUGAAAAGGCCAGCCAUCUUCAACGACACCUACAAGGGCCACGAGUUCACCUUCCGCGGCCACCUGGAGGAAUGCCGCGUCAAGU